CGCAUGACCAAGACGUGUGGGAUUUACCGUUAUAUACGGUAAUCACAUACCAGUCCAAGAGCUCUCGUAUAUGGAAGACUAGUUUUACGUCCCGUGCGAAAAUAUCAUAUAAAGUCAUGAAUGUUUCGCGAUUAAUAGUGGUAUGUGUGUUUAUUCUUGUCGCCUUCUGUCGUGCAUCUCUUGUUCAAGGCGUUGCUAGCUGUAAUGAGUGCUGCCAACAAGGAAAUUAUAAAGAUAUUAGUGAUUCUCGACGCAGUACACAAAGUGUGUGGGAGCCAGGUCAAACCCCACUAUGUGAUCACACUCUGGAAAAGGGAUGGUAUCGCUUUACUAGCUUUGUUGGAGGAAAAAUGCCGACUUCCAUGGUGACGCAAAACCGCUGCGGUACUAAAGCUCCGAUCUGGUUGAAUGGAGUGCAUCCUGCUCCUAAUGUGGUGAAAUUAGUUCAAGCCUGUGUUAACAUAUUUGACAGGAGAGGUGGUUGUUUUUACAGCUUUGGAGUAACUGUAAAGAAUUGUAAUGGGCAAUACUUCGUCUAUUAUCUCCAGCCAACAUAUUCUUGCUACAUUGCCUAUUGCGCCGGGAAUGGGAAGCCAUGCCCUUAUGGACAAACUGGGACGUCACUGAAUACAUGCUCAGCUACACCUGUGAAAUUCCCAGGUAACACAUACUUGGGAAGACCAAAUAUAAGUUAUGUCGACAUGGCUGAUCCUGACACAGACAGGGUUAAACUCUAUUGCGAAGUGCCUCUUCUAAAGGGAAUUGAACUUUGGAAGAAUGUGACAUACCGUAUCCAAUGGUAUUCGGAAGGAAAGUUAAUAGAAGCUGCAGCGCCAUUCUGCCUUCCAAGGAGUGGUCAGUUGGAAAAUGAUGAGUCUUGUCCAGGUUCAGGUCGGAAGGAAAUCCGUUCUCAAUUAAGCAACUUUGAACCAGGCCAGAGGAUAUCUUGCAAUGUUUCUGCGAGGUUUACUAAUGUAAAUCCCAGUAGCUGGUCAGAUCCAAUGCACAUCACGCAACCAUUUUUCGCUGGUAUACAGGUCUAUCCCACUACCCUCAUCAUAAAGGAAUGUGACACCCCUAAGACUAUCACACUCACUCCAACAAUACCAGUGCGCAAAAAUUCCAAGGGCUUCUACCUCUUUGUGAAGUUCUUCCUUCCUCCUGGCCUAUGGAUCAUGGGUGAAAAAAACUGUCAUAUAGAAAUGAAAGAAACCAAUUCUGUUGCAGUACAGAUCGGGGCUACUUGUAAUACCCUCCGUGGCAGUAAAAAGCUGAAUGUUAUCACUCCUAGGUUUACCAACCAUAACGAUAGUGAUUUCUGGGGUUUCUUCGGCUUGCCAACAAUCUGGAUUACGGUACAACAGAAAGGCACUGAGAUGCGUAAAUGCAGAUCUGUUACCGAUCCUCACUAUCUCAUGAUGGAUCCAAGAGUGGGCUGGAGAGAUUUCAUGGGUCAUGGGGAUUUUACUUUGUACAGCAACACGGAAAAAAACUUUGAGGUGCAGACAAGACAGUGGGCCUGCAACAAUGCCAACAGUGUAACUUGUAACUGCGGAGUUAUAUUGCGAGAUCAUAAUGACCUCAUUAAGUUUAGCUGUUGCAACCCAAGUUUUACCAGAGAUGACUCCACGCCAAUAGAGGUUACCAUACCUCGGAGCAAAUGCCUAGCCCCAGGAAUAUCUUUAAAACAGCUUAUCAAGGGUUUUAACAGCAAGUACGAGGUUGUAUUUCCCACUGGAAUAAAGGUUGAGCUAGAGAGAAAUUAUUGGGGCAUAGAUGUCACUAUCUACGCUCCACUUGCGGAAAACCGAGCUAACGAGGACGGAUUAUGUAACUAUUCGACAACGAAUGGUGAUAUAAAUACAUUCGGAAACAGUCAAAGAAAAUUUCCAAGUUACUUCCAUAAACUUCCAGACACGAUCAACCAAAACAGUGAUGAAGUGACGUUUGAAAAGGCUUGUGCUUGCAGCGAAGAAAUAGACCAAGGAAGAACAGCUGAUUGUCAUGAUGGAAUACCUGUCUUUUUCCCGGGCCCCCCAACCAAACAGAGGCUUAAUAGAAUACUAAUGUGCAACAGGAAUGUUAAGAGAGACAUAACAAAUUCAGAUGACCUAACAGAGGAGGAUUUUGAGUUGUUCAGAAAACUUGAUUAUCCAGAACUUCAUAAGCGACAAAAACGAUCGAUAACUCAAAUUUCAAAGGAAAAUGCGACGCGAUAUUGCAAGGAAAAACUAGCAGAUACAACCGUGGGAAAGCUGUGUGCCAAGUUAGGAACAAAUAUACAAGCACUAGUUAAUGUUUGCUCGGCUGAUAUCGAGUACACUGGUGACAUUUCUUUUGCCAUCGGAGCUGUUUCCCUUUUAUUGAGUGAAUGCUACGACGAGGCAGUCCGAAACAUGACAUUUAACGCAACUGGCAUGGCUGAGGUGGAAAUGCCUACAAUAGUAAACGAGAUCGCGAACAUCAUGUGCCCUAAUGACUGUGCAUUUAAUGGAAAAUGUAUCAACGGAUCGUGUCUUUGUGAUGGAGGAUAUACAGCUGAUGAUUGUUCAAUAUCACUUUACCAAAAGCCUUCUAUAAAGCGUCUUCAAACCGAUGGUUUAUGUGAUAGGCGACAAAGAGCAUGUAAGAGGGCAACCGUUUUGGGGACUCAGUUUUUGAAUUCUACAAACCUGACCUGUCAUAUAAGUGAAUUUCAGAUUUGGAACAGUUCAUGGGUGCCAAAUGAUGCUGAGGUUAAAUAUCCAGCGAUGAUGACGGAUCUUGUUCUAGUGGAGUGCUUUUUACCAGAUUCACCAGUGAUGACUAGACAAUACGAUGAAAAUGUACAAGGAACACCGGCGGCUGGACUGAUGGUUUCUGUGUCAAACAAUGGCUUCUCUCAAAGCGACCAGAAACUUAAGUUCAUAUCCUAUGACUCUGUUUGUUUGGAGUGUAAUAUUUCAACAGGAUGCUUCCUGAAGAAUAAUUCUUGCCUAAUCAACAACUAUUGCUUCGCAUCUAAUGAGGCAAACCCAAAGGACUGGUGUAGGCAAUGCCUGCCUCAUAUUGAUCCAAGCUCUUGGAGUAAGCGACAAGUCAACCACCCACCCCAUUUCACACCUAAGACCGACUACUAUGCACUUUAUGGAGAGACGCUUGAGCUGCUAAUCGGAGUAUCGGAUCCUGAAGGUAUGCCAGUAACCAUCUCCAGUUUGGAAGGCACUCCCAAAGAAGCGAGGAUACAGAACAAUAUCUUAUUUUGGAACGUCACGACGAAUAAAACCACUCCAUUCUACUUUGAAGCCACCGACAGUUGUCAAGCUUCUUCUACAUUGAACAUCACUAUUACCAUCAAUGUCUGUCCAUGUAAAAACAAAGGUGUAUGUGUGCCUCAGAUGCCCAGAGGAAGUGGUGUUUAUACAUGUGACUGUGCCGGUGGAUAUGCGGGGCAGUAUUGCGAGACAGAGAUUGAUGAAUGUCGGUCUUAUCCCUGUUUACGAGGCCAGUGCAUCGAUGGAAUUAACAACUACUCCUGUAUCUGUGAUGAUGGGUUUGAUGGAAGAAAUUGCGAUAACGAUAUCAAUUAUUGCCAGUCAUCUCCUUGUAUUCACGGAAACUGUACCGAUCAGGUCUAUGGAUAUGAGUGCAGCUGUGUACCUGGCUAUUCUGGAAAACAAUGCAAUUUUAACAUUAAUGAAUGCCAGUCAUCGCCUUGCUUAAAUGGAACUUGUCUUGAUUUAGUGAACAAUUAUAGCUGCAUAUGUGCAGCUGGCUUUACAGGGCUUCAUUGUGAUACUCCUAUCACGCGCUGCAACAACAACUCUUGUUAUCCAGGCGCGCAAUGCACUGAGAAUGUCCUGACGAUAUCUUGUGGCUCAUGUCCAUCUGGUUACACUGGAGAUGGAAAAAAUUGUAAAGAUAUUGAUGACUGUCAUAAUCAUACCUGCCAAAAUGGUGCAUCAUGCGUUGAUGGCGUUAACGAUUACUCGUGUGCAUGCGUGCAAGGCUUCACUGGACGGAGUUGUGAAGCAAACAUUGAUGAUUGUGUAAAUCAUACAUGUGCUCAUGGUGGAACAUGUAUGGACGGUGUUAAUUCUUACUCGUGUAAAUGUGCGGCGGGAUUCAGUGGACACCAUUGUCAAAAUAAUAAAGAUGAUUGUCGACGUAACCAUACCUGCCAAAACGGUGCAUCCUGUGUUGAUGGUAUUAACGAUUACUCGUGCGCAUGCGUGCAAGGCUUCACAGGACAGAGUUGUGAAACAAACAUCAAUGAUUGUGUCAAGCAUACAUGUACUAAUGGUGGAACAUGUAAAGAUGGUGUUAACUCUUACUCGUGUAAAUGUGUGGCGGGAUUCAGUGGAAACCAUUGUCAAAAUAAUGUUGAUGACUGUCAUAAUCAUACCUGCCAAAAUGGUGCAUCAUGUGUUGACGGUGUCAAUGAUUACUUGUGUACAUGCGUGUUGGGCUUCACUGGACAGAGUUGUGAAACAAACAUCGAUGAAUGUGUCAACCACACCUGUGCCAAUGGUGCAUCCUGUAUAGAUGGCGCUAACAACUUCUCAUGCAAUUGCUUACCGGGGUAUACGGGAGAACGAUGUGAAAAUGCUGUUACCAUGCGUUCUUCUAGUGUGACGAGCGCAUUUGCAAGUACAAAAGCAGCACCUUCUGCUUCAGUUAAAAGAAGCGUAUUUGCCACAAAGCUCUUGAUCAAUUCAAACACCGAGUCAACUGCUGUACAGCAUAUAAGCGCCACAUCUACCUUUAAGUAUUUUACCGUGUCCUCCACAGUGGCUCAACACAUUUCCACAACCGUAUACCGAGAGAAAACAACAACAUCUAAGCCGACUGCAAGGGACUACGAAGAGGUGAUUUCGGUUGAAAUACGUAUCGAAAAAACAUGGAAUGAAGAUCUUAGGGAUGAAAGUAGUACAUCUUACAAAGAAUUAGCCUCUAUAAUUGAGGAUGAGAUACGUAAACAGUAUUCUGGAGUCAAAAACUUUAUUGGAGUACAAAUCGUAGCGUUCAGGCCUGGAAGUAUUGUUGCUGAAUUUAAGCUGCUGUUCAAGCAGAAAUUCUCUGAUGACACAGCAUUAGCUCCUUUGAAAAAGGCUGUUGGAAAUGGAAAACUUGGCCCUUUAGCAGUCGAUCCCAAAUACGUGAAAAUCGUGAAAGAAGAGGAGGAUCCAACGGAGGAUGCAAAAGGAGAGCUUCCCUAUCCACUCAUCAUUGGUGCUUCUUGUGGUGGGAUUUUUGUCAUCUUGCUUAUCAGCAUUUGUCUUGUCCGCCACUGCCAGCGUGAAAAGAGACUCGACCGCCGGCGCAUUUCAGACGGGAUGCCUUCUGAAGUUGCUUUCCCAAAUCAGGAGAAAUACGAGCUAAAAGACGCGCGUUCUAAGGAGGACAUAGUCAGCUUCGAAGAGCUAGGUCUCUGGAAAGAAGCUGGUGAUAACGAGAAGUUUCAUGGAGGAGCUCGUUACCAAGAAGUAGGCAUCGCCAAUAUGGCUACUGAUGACCAGGAUAUCGGAAAAUCAAGUGAUUCAGGCUACCAUCUGGAAACUGGAAUGGCACGCGACCCCGCUCGCUACCAGCAGAUUGGCAUCUUUAAGAAAGCUGGAAAAUAGUGAACUACACAAGAGGCUUAUUUCAAAACUCGCUUUUGUACGUUCAUUUUAAAACCGCCUUUAAAAGGCGGACAAGCCUUUUUUGUUCCUUUUUUUUAGCGUAGCGCUUGAAAUGACACGAGAACUAGCUUUAAUACGUAUUUGCUACCAUAUUUGGAGUGCAGUAUUAUCUGAUUUCUCAGUCAGUAAAGCUUUCCUCUUUAUAUAUCGCUUUUUUUCAGUUUUGUAGUUGAACAGCAAAAAAUAGUUGUGAGAGAAAAGGCCUGAAAAACGUAGUGAAAUCCAUUUUCCGAUUUAUAAUACCCCUAAUAUACAAGCGUGCACUUUUGUCCUAAAAAACAAACGCAGGUAUAAAAAUAAUUCCAUUUUAUCCUUUUAUCACUGCCAAAAUACACCAGUUCCUUUUCGACGGUUAGGGCAGAGCACCUUCACUUAUCGCUUAGUAGGUGUUCAUCAUGCUGAAGAUAGCUUUUUUUUCAUUUUUUAUGCUGGAGAAAUGGGCUAGAAAUUGAAUAACUGCUUCGAGCAUAGAUAAGUCGGAGAGGCUGAGUUAUAUAACAAGGUCAGAGUUCCGUACUCUACAGCCAGUAAUUAUUAGGCAAACCAUAUCGAACGCUUUGCAUCUGCUAUUGUAUAACUUUUUACAGUCAUCAAACCUUCGCGUUUUGAAGACUGAUAUUUUGCUGAAUAA